AUGAUCGGUCACACUGUGUACGUGCUUUUUGCAAUAGGACAAUUGGGACUAGUCCUCGGGAAGCUAGAUCCACAGAUUGUGUCCGCCAUUACUGGCGGUAUCAAGGACGGGACCUCUCUACAGGGCACCAGCCUCCAUGCUCAGAUGGACUCACUUCAUUACAGGAAUGUGGUGGGUAUGGAAGUGGACAACUACAGUAAAUGGGCGAUGACCAGUCCAAUUGCCUACCCCGAUAGGGGAGUGAUCACUCUCUCACCGCGUGAGAUACAUCCGGGUCAGCGGGAAGUCAUGCUGGCUAGAAAAACCGGUUAUACCGCCACUGGUACGCAAGGAACUGUUUCGUGGCUGAUUGACAACCGCCGGGUGAUAGUGAUGUGGGAGGCACCAUUCAACUUCGACUUCUAUGACAACAAACUAGCUGUGGGGAUCGUACCGAGCAGUGCUCAUACAAGUUCAAUGUUUGACGUCAUGUCCGGAGGGUCUGGUAAUUUUACACGCGGCGUUUAUGACAGUAGCAUACGCACCAUCGAGUACUGUGACGAGGCUCUGUGUGUAGAGGGAACCAUGGGAACGAGUCACAAGACACAGGUUCACAUUCAGGUCAUCCCAAGGUCCAUCGACAACGUAGCGAGGAGUUUAGAAACUUUGAUUCCGGAAAAUCUGCUCGUUGGCUAA